UAUAAUACAACUUUGUCAUAUUGAAUCAUCAGUCAAAGUCAAAGUUUUUUUUAUUAUAAAAAAUAAUCCAAAUCAUAUCGUGAACAACUAUAGGAAAUAGUCAAAAGAAAUCGCUCAAAAAUGAAUAACACGUCGUACUUUAUCAACACCACCAAUCCGGAGAUCCUAACUGCCGCCCCUAGAGCCGGAGGCAUAGCCAACAUCCCCGUCCAGGAAGGAGCAUUCAUCCGCCGAAGAUCAUCGAUCGCAAGCCAAGCCAGAAGACGGUCUUCCGUGAGAAGUAGAUCUAGACUAGGCGUCCAAAGCGACAGGAACGUGAGAAAAAGUCUCAUAUCCCAACCCGCCAUAGACCUGGAAAAUGACAUAUCCGAUUUUGAUGCCUGUCCCAGACAGUACAAGAUAUCCCAAACCAUCUCCGCCAGCCCUUGGUCGACAGAGUUUGAUCAAUACCACGCACCUUCAGAGUACUCUGCCCGAAUGGUAGACCCCUUCCAAGAUUGCGUCGAUAUGCUGGCAAUGACUAUAAGCAUUAUAAUGCUCCUGUCGAAGAACUACGAAAAGAUUUCCGAGUCGCACUACAAAUGGACUUUAAGCUACCUGAAAUGUAUCAAGGAUGAGUUCGGGCAAGUGCCGCCGAACAUACAGGGUAUUCUGAAUCAUAUUAACCAAGUUACUGGGGGGAAAAUCACUUCGUUUUUGGAUGUCGAUGCUGAUUUUAAUGAGCUACAGAUUGGUAAUAGGGGUGGUGAACAACCUCCAGCAGCAGAAGCAAGUCCUGUAUAACAGGCGUGGUGAAGCGAAGAAACAAGUAUGGUAUUAUUAUGUUUUAUAGAUUUACAGAACUGUAAAGGGCCAAAUAGUGGGAUUUUAAUAUAUCAGUAUUGGAGAAAGUGAGUGCUUAAAAAAUAAAAUUAAAUUAAAUAAUUACUAAAACUUAAAUACUAAAUAAAUAUUGGAGAUUA